CCUCGGACAACUCGCAAAAGAAAACACUUCCCAUUUUAAAAGACUGAAAAUUGAAACAAAUUGAAGACAAACUUCAACCUAGGGUUCAGGUUUAUUCUCUUGUCUUCUCCAUUUUGUGGUAAUUCUUGUUGGGUAAGACCAAUUGUCGGACGAAGCUGUUAACAAUCGCUAGAGUCAUUGAACCGGUCUUGGGAUUAACAAUAUAUUUGUGAUUCUGCAGUACUAUCAAAGGAUAUUCAAUGGAAAACAUAGAUAAAAGUUGGAUGAAUCUUCGAAGAGAAACCGAUGAAUAUAUCCGUGGAGUGAAUGAUUUCCUUGAUUUUGCAUUUGAACGAGCUGCUCAAGGAAAAGAAAUAAUGUGCCCUUGUAUAAAGUGCAUGAAUCGUUAUUGGUAUUAUAGAAAUGUGGUGGAGGAUCAUUUGGUUGUUUACGGGUUUGUUAAAGGAUACAGCAAAUGGAAUUUUCACGGGGAAGGAUAUUUCUGGAGAAAACGUGAACGUCCCAAUAAUGAUGAUGAAGGUCCCAGCAUACAUGACGAUAAUGAUGGCCUAUUUCAUGACAAGGCAAAGCGAAUCAAAUGAACAGAGGGUUGAGAAUGAAGACGCUAUUUAGAAUCAUGAGAUUGUUGCAGAAAUCAGUAGUGUGUUCAAAUAUUUUAUGAACUCUUAGUUUGGAAUUUUUCUCAUUAUCAUGUGAGAACAUAUAUGCUCUCAAGUUGCUAUACACUAUUUUGCAUUUUGCUUUUAUUGGUGGAUAUUUGGAAUUAUGAUUGGUGAACAUUUUACUUUCGUGAUUUGUAUA